UUUAAUAUGACCUCUGAAUGCGCGUGGGUUUAGCGCAUCUCAGUACCAAUUUAUACUAGGUUGAGCUCACAGGCGAGUACAAAACAGAGCUUACUAAUGUAUAACAGAUUGUGAAUAGAUGGAAUCCUGCCCUAUAGCGCGCAGUCCCGUCCCAACACACCCCCGCCGAGCCUCUGCCGCAGCACGCAUGCGCGUCUUUGACAGCCAGACCGUGCCAACACGUCCUGAUUAUUUCCCUGCCUUUUAUCCAACUCACGUCUUAAACUAAACAUGCGACUCAGAACCACAUGAGUCACGAUGGUGGCUAGCAUCGGUCCUAUCAAUCCGACAAAUGUGGAAGCGACGGCGUAUAUAAGUGCCGUAGCGGCGUUCGCUGCUGUUGUGCUGGUGGUGCUGCUGUUUCUGGGACGACGGUGGUGCCACGGAGCGGUUUUCGCGAGGAAGGGCUGCCACGGGGUCCUCACUGUCAACGCGGGACCCGACGCGCCCUGCCUCACUCUCGACAAUGCUCACGAUACUUUGUCGAAACCGAUCCAUUAUCCCGACCGAAUAUUCGCGUUCGAGCCGUCCGACGACGACGAAGAGCAACGCUUGCGCAUACAGCAGGAUAAAGAAGAAGUGGGAUGCCACUACGAAGAGAAAAACGAGAACGCAGCACCAAUAAAAGCAGGAGUGGAGGUGGAGUUGGUCGAGACGGCGCUACGGGAGAGCACCCUGCGAGAGACAAGGAUAGACGAUGUGGUGCCGCGGCGGGCCGAGUACAUCCACACGCUUGAGGCUCAGAGCAGCGUGGACAGUGACGUCAUCGUUCAUAAUGACACGUCGCUCCUCUGCGGAGAGAGCAGCAGCCAAGAACGCGGCUCCGUGGAAUUAACCCUGCUGUAUGAUGCGCCGGUCCGCAGCAUGACGGUGCACGUGCUGCAAGCGCGCGCGUUGCCGCAACGCACGCCACAACCGCUGCUGCAGAGUCAGGUUCGAAUAGUCCUUCUACCAUUGAAGAGGCAAAAGUUCAAAUCUAAGAUACGAAAUGGUGAAAAUCCUCAAUACAUGGAAAGCUUCGUUCUUCACAAAAUUAAUCCAGAGGACGUAUACGGAUUAGGACUUCGAAUCCGCAUUUACGGCUGCGAGCGUAUGCGGCGGCAGCGCCUCUUGGGCGAGGCGGCCGUGUCCUUCGCGACACUUAAUCUGGAGCUGGAGAACAGCCUGUGGCUGCAGCUGGCGCCGCGGCAGCAGCCUAGUCUUCAGCUCCCGAAGCUAGAACUGAACCACUCCAUGUCCAUGUCGGGGGUAUUGGCGUCUCCAUCGUCCAUCACGACGACCACGCCGACGGGUGGCGGUGAAUCCUGCAGCCUGGCUCGCUCGGAUUCCGCGUCUUCAUGCUGCAGCGCCCGCUCCGCUCCUGAACUUCUGCUUGGACUCCAGUACAGUUCUAUCACGGGACAUUUGUCUGUAGAGGUGAUAAAAGGCACGCAUUUCCGUAAGCUGUCCCCCAACAAGGCUCCGGACACGUACGUGAAGUUGAGCCUCAUCAGCUCGCUGGGCAUGGAGAUGGGUCGCUGCAAGUCCACCACGCGCCGCGCGCAGUCCAACCCGCUCUAUAAGGAGCUCUUCAUCUUCCAGGUGGCCCUGUUCCAACUAACCGAGGUGACCCUGAUGGUAUCUGUGUGGUGGCGGCGCAGCGUGAAACGGAACGAGAUGGUGGGCUGGUUCUCGCUGGGACACAGCCCUUCGGGUCGUGACGAGGAGCGCCAUUGGCAAGAGCUAUGCGAGGGACACGGGGAACAAGUUCAACGCUGGCAUGUGUUGCUGGAGUCCUGACGUUCACCGACCUAGCGCGCCGACGCGCCGGCUUGAGAACUGACUUCGCCAGGGCCCUUCGCCCCUGACUCGGCCUCGCCGACUCGAGUGGACUCGCCCGCGGCCUCCGGCCCGGCGCCCACUCGCUUCUGUUCCAGAUCUCCGGAUCUUUUCGCGAGCAAGCUUUGUAUUGACUGCACUUCAGAUGCAGAUCUUAUUGCAUUGGUGUGUCGAUAACACGAGUGUAAGACGCACGCACGUUUCUGACUGAUUGAAUUUGAUGUUACAAAGAUUUUAUGGAUUUUGAAAAUUCUACUAAGAAUUUAUGUGUUUUAAAUAAACUCCAAUAUAUAGUAACGAUAGCUUGAAUUGUAGAUUUAACGCAUUGAAAGGGAAUUGUUCUAUUCUGAGUUCAGUUCUCUUAAUAGCUUUUCCAAAUAUAAUAUAGCGUUUUACGCAUGACUAUCUUUGUCCCAUUAUAUUUAUACAUAGAAUAUAUAUUUAUAUUUACACAUGUUGCUCUUUAGGAUCUAUCAUCAAUUGGUUGCUCGAAUUUGUACGAAAAACCGUGGAAAGUCUGUCUUUUUAAGUAUUAGCUUCUGCCUACGAAGCAUAUUUGCUUAUAGAUAUUAUAUAUAAAUACGAAUAAAUACUUGUAUUUUAUCUUAAAUUAAUAAUAUUAAUAUGUUAACUCCUUAGAAAGGCUUCGUAUUGAUUUGAUUUCGAGUUUGAAUGUUGUAAUGUAAACAUAGAGUAAGAGAUACCUAAUACUUUUGAAACCAUUGUUUGUAUGAAAUAUUUUACUUGGAUUCCAAAAGUUAGCGUAAUCGUAAGUAGCAUUUUAUAUGAAGGGACGACUCGCAGCGCACAAUACUGGUGAGAGUAGGAUACGGUACAUAACGAGGUUAUAUAUAAGUAUAUGUAUACAUGUACACAUACAUACAUACUAUUAAGCAAUUAUUAUCGUAUACACCAUAUAUUCUUCAUUUGAAAACUGUUAGUAAACAUACACAUACAAAAUAGUGAUAGAAAACCGUCAAAAUUUUAAUGAUAUAGUUAUUUAAAAAUGUAAUUGCCAGUUAACUGCAAUUAAUUAAUAUAUGCAAUUUAAUCAGCCCGACCAGAACAUAAUGUAUCGUAUGCUUUUAAAGAUAAUACAUAGAAUAAGUUUUACAGUAUUUCCUCUGAUUCUGCUACACUACAAUACAUUUCUCGUAACGUUUGUUUCGAAUAUAACAUAAUCUCAGAAUAAUUAUAAUAACCCAAGGUUGUAUAAAUAUAAGGAUAUUAUUAUCACAAAACCACUCACUAUACAUUUAUAGUACCUAUUUAAUAAUUAGGCAUUUUUUUAAUGUAACAUACUACGCCAU